UCUGAUGGGAAUCAGCUGCGCCUCCUUUCACGGAGCACAACGUCGGUAACAAUAAAACCUUAAUCAAAGCAGUAAUCGCUGCUUUCAGGGAGAGGGGGGACGCUUCCUUCUCUGUGGGGAGAGAAAGACCGGAGCAGCAGCGGCCAUCCAGCUCUCUCGCCGCGGCUCGUGAGCGCUCCCGCGCACGGCGUCUCUCGGACGGAGGGAAGCGCACGGCCGCGUGCCGGCUAGCGUGCACGAUAAAGUGCGUUCGCGCUAAAACUCAGCCUUGGGGCGCGUCUCGCGCACAACCCUCGAGGAAGUUACCGGCGCUUCGUGUUUGAAGAUCUGUGUCAUCCAUCUCACCAUGGACAGCCAACUGAGUGGGGCCAGUAAAAGGGCCGGAGCCUUGCUGUCGACAACGACUACCUCGUCCAGUUGAUGCUACCGAUCGCCUCAGCUGCAGUAUGAUAAAGUGUUAAGAAAACAAAUCCGGUUAGAAUUCGUCAUCAUUCAAGUAGAGGAACCAUGUAUCCUCUGCUGCCUGUGAGUCUCUUUUGCUUCCUCCCCCUGGCUUUGAUGCUGGGAGAAGAUUCGCCGCUGGACUGUGUCCCUCGAAAAACAGUGCCCUAUCACACGAACAACAGUAAGCUGUUCCGUGAGGAUGGGGUGUGGAACUACUCCAUCAUGCUGCUGAGGGAGGACCUGGGCCUGCUUUUGCUGGGGGCCAGGGAGGUUGUCUAUGCCCUUGACCUCAACAACAUCUCCAAUAAGAAUGCUUCGGUGAAAUGGGAAGUGACUGUUCCGCAGCAAGAGGGGUGUAAAAACAAAGGGAAAAAUCCUGAGAUAGAAUGCAAGAACUACAUCAGGAUCCUGCACACGAUGGAGGAUGGGAGGAUGUAUGUGUGUGGAACCAACGCUUUUGAUCCAGAGUGUGACUAUAUGUCAUACGCCGAUGGAGAGCUGACUCUAGAGAACAAAAGAGAGGAUGGUAAGGGGAAGUGUCCAUUUGAUCCCUUCCAGAGGUAUUCCUCCAUCAUGGUUGGGAAGGACCUGUACUCGGCCACUUCCAUGAAUUUUCUGGGCUCUGAGCCUGUGGUGAUGCGCAGCUCUUCUGUGUCCAUACGCACCGAGUUCAAGAGCACCUGGCUAAACGAGCCCAACUUCAUCUCUAUGGCUCAGAUGCCGGAGAGUGAAGAUGAUGAUCGGGGGGAUGAUGACAAAGUCUACCUCUUCUUCAGUGAGAUUGCUGUGGAGUAUGACUUCUACAGCAAACUGGUGGUUUCUUGUGUGGCCCGCGUCUGCAAGGGGGACCUUGGAGGUCAGAGGACUUUGCAGAAGAAGUGGACGUCCUUCCUGAAGGCCAGGAUGGACUGCCCGGUGCUCGAGUCCCAGCUUCCCUACGUCAUCCAGGACACUUACCGCUGGUGUGAACCCCAACAACACUGGAGGAGCUGUCUGUUCUACGCUGUCUUCACGCCACAGUCGGACACGUCAGACCUGUCUGCAGUGUGCGCGUACCGUGUGGCCGACAUCAGCAGGGUGUUUUCGGAGGGAAAGUACAAGACCCCGGUAACCGUAGAAACCUCCUUUGUGAAGUGGGUGAUGUACAGUGGAGACGUCCCCUCCCCCAGACCCGGAGCUUGUAUAGACAAUGAGGCGCGUAAACAGGGCAUUACUCGGACACUGGACCUCCCAGACCGGACCCUUCAGUUCAUCAGAGACAGGCCUCUUAUGGACCAGGCUGUGAAGCCAGUCGGGGACAGGCCCCUACUAGUGCGGAGGGGAGCUACGUUCACACGCAUCAUAGUGGACCAAGUUCAGGCCGCUGACGGCAGGAAGUACAAAGUCAUGUUUAUAGGCACAGAGAAAGGCACGUUGCUGAAAGCUGUCAACUAUGAUGGAGAAAUGUUCAUCAUAGAGGAAGUGGAGAUCCUUCAAUCCCAAGAGCCGAUCAAGAUCCUGCGAUUCUCCAAUUCAACGCGCCAGAUUUACGCAGGUUCAGAGAACGGAGCCGUGCAGGUCCCGCUGGCCACCUGCGGGAGGUGUUUGUCCUGCAUGGACUGUGUUUUGGCCAGAGACCCGUACUGCGGUUGGGACGAGGUUGAUGCUAAAUGUGUAGCUCUCGCCAGUGCAGAAAGAGAACUGAUCCAGAGUGUGAAACACGGGAAUGCAUCUCUCUGCCCGGACGCUGACCCAGUGAAGCCUGUGACUCAAUCCAUCUGGCCGAAUAGUCACCUUAAGCUCCGGUGUCUACCGCUCUCCAACCUAGCACAGCCAAGCUGGUUGCGGGAUGGAUCUUCCCUGCCUCCCUCUGCCCGCUUUCAGCUCCUACGAGAUGGACUGCUAAUCUUAAACGCCUCAGCCUCCGAUGCCGGUCGCUACCGCUGCCUGUCUCUGGAGCGCUCCCACAACAAUCUGUACGCCACCUCUGUGGCCGAGUACCAGGUCGGCAUUGCUUCGGGGAAAGGUGGGGAUUCAGGGCAAAGACCUUCACCCCAAGCCCAGGACGGGCCAUCUUUGACUGGACUACAAGCCACAGUGGGGCUCCUGGUGGUUCUUCUUGCUGUCCUUCUGAGUUGGAACAUCUACAAAGGCCACCUGCCUCUGACAAGAGUGUGCAGACCCAAGAAAGGAGCAGAGCGAGCCGAGAAGCUUGAACAGGCACCAGGUUAUGGCUCCAGUGUAACCCAACAAGAAGCACAAAAGCCUGCAUUGGCGGAAGGCAAGCCACUGGUUUCUGAAUUAGGCAACAGCAGCCAUAAUAACCACACUGGCGGAGAAGUUGAGUUUAGUGCUGAAGUGGAGGAGAAUGCUUCCCCUAAACUUACGCUGCAGUAUAUCAAGGACGAGUCAGAAAUUUAGAUAUACUGAUCAGUGUGGUCUUGCCAUUCUGGGUGAGUGCCGAGAAUGUUUCAAGUUGGUUUUUAAAGCGGAGGUAAAAGAUGGACCAGCUGAGAAGAAAUGUAACUGACUAACACACUUGCUCAUGUUGCAUUUCCUCAAAGUGCUGUGGGUUGGUGUAUGAAAAGAAAAACUGAACUAUGUUUUUAUGACUGCAUACACCUUAAGAACACACUGGAAUAUGUGUGAUUGAUGAUUUAUUUUAUGCAAAUGUUUUACAUUGCAAAUGUUUUUACAAUGGUUCCCCACGGAGACUGCAAAUCCCAUACAGAAAAUAACUUCUGAAAACGGACAUAAUUUUCAGUUGGAGAAGCCCUGAAACUACUUAGAAAUAAAGGAAAAGCUCCAUUUCAGAAUGAGAAUCUCUCUUAAGUUUAUUUUAUAUAUAUUUGGUCUACCUGACUCUCAUAUGUCCUGUUCUGAUAAAUGUAACAGGUUUAACAUGUUUCAAGCAAGACAAGACUUGCAAAGAAUGCGUGAUGUGGGAGGCGCGGAGAUGGAGGUUGCCUACUGAUAGUAUGGAAAUUCCUUUACGUCUUAAAGGAAUUCGUUUCUUGAGAGAUUUUGAAAGAAAACUAUUUUGGGCAUAACGACGAGUAUAGAAGUAGAGCUUGUGUGCCUUCAAGAUAUAGGCU